CGUUUUGAAAUAGAGCGUUUUGGGUUGUAGGCUAGGGUAAUGGUAGCAGGCGAGAGUGCUUCCGAGUGUAGGCAGAGGCGCAAAGCGACAGCGGCGUGAAAGCGCAAUCGUUUGGCUGUUUGUGGAUUUUCAGCAGAAGUAACGGACUAGACGCGAGGGUUAUAUGGGUUUGUUAGUGUUGAAUCAGCAGCCGAUAGCCCUAGUAGUAGUAAAUGUAGUUGUGUAGUCUGUUUCUUCGAAUCAAAAAGAGGGGGGAAAAAAUCGUUUUGUUAGUUUUGUUCGGUGGAACCAAAAGUUUGGAUAAACCGGUUGGAUCGUCUGCUGAUCAAGUUUAUGUUGUGUUCAGUGUUAUGCGGAUUAUGGAUAAUAAUUGGAUUCUUCAUAAAAGUAUAUUCUACAUUCAUUCUAACUUGUACAAACACGACCUUGAUUAAUUAAUGAAAGAGAAAAAAAGUUAUUGGAGAACAAACAAGUUGUUAUUAUCUCAGUUAUCUCUGGAUCUAUUGUCACCAUAACAGUAAAAUCAGUGAUCUGUCAUUGAACUGGACCGAAACAUAUUUCUUGAUGAGGAUUACAAAGUGAAGGAUUUAAUAAAUUCACCUGAAAUUUGUUUUCAGACCACUGAAAGUAAAACGCACAAAAAAAAAAGGAUUACCUUUAACGAAACAACGGAUUAUUAUUCUUAUUGUUGGAUUAUAAUUAGAAGGAUAGCACCACAGACUGGUCAUCUGAGAGAUAGCACCACAGACUGGUCAUCUGAGAGAUAGCACCACAGACUGGUCAUCUGAGAGAUAGCACCACAGACUGGUCAUCUGAGAGAUAGCACCACAGACUGGUCAUCUGAGAGAUAGCACCACAGACUGGUCAUCUGAGAGAUAGCACCACAGACUGGUCAUCUGAGAGAUAGCACCACAGACUGGUCAUCUGAGAGAUAGCACUGCGAACUGAUCUGGUCGUCUGAGACAAUAUUUGAUUGGAUUAGUAACUCACGUGACAAAUGAGAUCCGAGCAUGAAGCAUGACGAGGUCAUCUUUGUGGAUACAGCCUCCCUGGAGAGGGUGGACAUACCUCUUGUACAUUUGGAUCUUAUUAUUUAAUAGACCCUGCGCUUCAGAAGAAGACAACCCUCGUAUAGUUGAGCACCCAUCUGACCAGUAUGUGGCUAGGAACGAGCCGGCCAAGCUCUUGUGCAAGGCGGAGGGCUCGCCGCCGCCCGAAAUCAUUUGGUACAAGAAUGGUGAAAAGGUGAACACCAGCAAGGACGACCCCGCUUCACACAGGCUUCUGCUUCCGGGUGAACUUUUCUUCCUAAGAAUAAUCCAUUCGAAGAGCCUCAAGCCUGACAUCGGCACCUACUACUGCAACGCUACCAACAUCUACGGCAGCGCCAUCAGCAGAAAUGCCUCACUUAUUCUGGCAGUGAUACGUGACGACUUCCGGGAAAAUCCUCAGCCCGUGACGGUCGCCACAGGUGAGACGGCGACAUUUAGAUGUACUCCCCCAAAAGGUGAGCCCGAGCCCAAGGUACUGUGGCACAAGGACGGGAAUCCAGUGAACCCUGACAUUCGCGUCAGCGUCUCCACGGAUGGUCACCUGAGCAUCUCCUCCGUCAAAGUGACGGACGCCGGCAAGUACACGUGCGUGGCCAUCAACCAGGCAGGAGAAAGGGAGAGCACACCGGCUGCUUUGACUGUCCUAGAAAAGCCCACAUUCAAGGAGCUGCCCGAUGACAUACAAGCCAACGUGGAGGACACGGUGGAGCUGAAAUGUCGAGCGUCAGGGGACCCCACUCCAAACAUCCAAUGGAAGAAGGAGGAGGGGAGAAUACCAUUUGGGAGGGCUCGCCAGUUGGACGACGGCACGUUGAGAAUCGAGAAAGUGCAGGUAUCGGACGAGGGCGUGUAUGUCUGUGUGGCAGAGAACAGUGCUGGGACCGUGGAGGCUGUUGGCAGACUAUCUGUACAGACGCAACCAUCAUUUCUCAUUUCUCCAAAAGACCUGUCUGUGGCCAAGGGGAGGACAGCCAUACUGCAGUGUGUGGUCACGGGCAACCCACCGCCCACCCUCUUCUGGAGCCUGGGCAGUGAGCACCAGCCACUUUUAUUCCCGAACCAAAAUCACGGCCAUUUUUCAGUGUCGGCUGAUGGGACACUCCGGAUAACCAAUGUUGAGUACCGUGAUGCUGGGACCUACACCUGCCAGGCCCUUAGCACCAUGGCUAGCAAAAAGUCUCCGGCAGUACUCACUGUUAUAGAUGAAGAUGACCGUCCACCCCCAAUCAUUGUUGCUGGACCCCAGAACCAGACCCUGGAGCCCAAGGAGACAGCCCUACUGACAUGUCAGGCUGAGGGUCAGCCCACACCCUCAAUAAGAUGGUACAAGGACAACAAAACAAUCCUGGCUAUUGAUCCCCGGAUCACUUUGCUGAAUUCUGGGACACUCCAGAUCUCUGAUGUUAAACUGAAUGAUACUGGGACAUACCUGUGCAAGGCUAUCAGUGAAACCGGGGAGGCUGAUUGGUCAGCAACACUAACAGUGUCCAAGCAAGGUCCUUAUCAGAGAAACCAAAAGGAGUCUGCUUUUCCAGGUGCCCCACUGAAACCCAAAGUGUCAGACAUAGCAGAUACAUCCGUGCAUCUGACCUGGUCGCCUAGUGAAGAAAUGGGUCAGUCCCCUGUUUAUGCCUAUGUGGUGGAGUAUUUCAGUCCCCAAAGAGCAGAGCAGGGCUGGAAAGUUGCCACCAACUCAGUCUCCAGGGAUGGUUACACUGUCAAGGAUUUACUCCCUGCCACAAGCUACAUCUUCUUUGUCAGGGCCAGGAACUCCUUUGGUGUCAGCCGGCCCAGUCCACUUUCAGAUAUCAUAACCACCAGAGAGAAGAGGAAAACAUUUGCAGUGAACAUGCCCAGAGAUGAGAUUGUCAAGGAGCUUAGUUUUCUUAAUCUGGAGCUUAAGUCAGGGGAGGGAAUUAACUCUACAGCCAUUAGGAUAAAAUGGGAGGUUGGCACCAGCCUGGCCUCCAUAGAAGGUUACAUCAUAAACUACACUGCCAUAAUUGACCUUGACCCACUUGUGUACGGGGAGAGCCGCAUCAUCAAGAUCACUGACCCUUAUCAGUUCAGGUCCUACAUCACUGACCUGCGUCCAUUCUCCUGGUACCAGGUGUGCAUAAAGGCCUAUGCCAGGGAUGUGACCAGUAGGUGUUCCAACUCCAUCAAAGUGGCCACCAAGGAGGCAGUGCCUUCAGCUCCACCAGAGAAUAUUGUGAUACAUAGAGAGGGUCAAUCCUUUCACCUGCGCUGGUCGCCCCCACCCAGGAACCACCAGAAUGGCGAGAUAAAGGGUUACGAUAUAUUCUGUAUGUCCGAAGAAGACAAUAGCAACUGCAGCACUGUGGCAUCUAGCAGUGACAGCGCUCUGGUCAUCAAGAAGGUGGACAUGGAUGGAGCUUACAGGAUUAAAAUAGCUGCUAGGACAAAUAAAGGUCGUGGUGUCUGGAGCAAGGACUUUGUGCUCAGUCCAGAGCAGACCAACAUAGUCAGAGAGCCCUGGUUCAUUUGGAUGCUGGUGGGCACCAUAGGUGGAACCCUCUGGCUGGCCCUGUGCGUCUUCACCAUCUGGCUUUGCAGGAGGAGGCGUAGAAACAAGAAAAAGAAAAUGUCUCAGAAUGGCAUGUACAGCGCUGUACCAGUGCACAAGUCGGACGAAUCAACUCGAGGCGGGAGUGUGAUGACUCGCGAUGACGUCAUGUACUCUCAAAAAGACGGCAACAUUCACACUGCUUAUGGUGGCCUUCAGUCAGACCUUGCCAGUCUGCUGGACUGUGGUCACAAGGAAGGAAUGGAUGGGAGUCAGGUGUACAGUUCAGCUACAUCCAUGCCCCAGAUGAAGAUAUUUUACCAGCGGCCUGGCCAGCCGCCAUCAUCCUCUUCUGUUGCCCCCUACGCCACCACAACUUUGAUUAACAAGGGAGGCAACUCACUGUCCAGACCUGGUCCAAAUAGUGUGGGAGAUUCUGGGUUCAGGCCCAUCAACCAUGCCUAUGUCCACUCCAGCGCCAGUGGCUCAGGGGACAGCUGCCAAAAGCCGGACAUGAGGUCCAGUGAUUCCAACACGGACAACUCCCGUCCCAACACAGGUCACUACUCCUAUGCAGCGGGAUGUCCUCAUGAUCACUGUGAGGGAAUGGUCAGUCCUGGAAGUGAUAGUGGAAGUUUGACCACAGAUGAAAAUGGGAUGCCAACUAAAAGAAAUAAGUAUGUAAAAAUCGGAGGCUGCAGCAGCUGUGGUCAAGGAAAGCAAGCCAUGGUGAACUGGGCAGAGCUGCUACCACCACCACCUGAGCACCCACCUCACAGUGAAGUUGGCUCUCCAGCUGAUAGCUCUGGUGGCGACUGCUCUCUGCACCGACACAACAGCAACAUGGCUGAAACAAGGUUUAUGGACAACCGUAGCCCGAUUUCUCCAGUGUCCAAAAUUUCAUCCUGCUCUUGCCCGGUGCCUCAUGACCGGAUGGUGCCCCAGCUUAGGGCAAAUAUACCUUACUCUGAAAUGGACUAUCCUACCCACUCAUGUCCACCGGUGGCCCGGUACCACCCGGACAUGUCAGGGUACCCAGAGGGGAGUGGUGGAAGUGGAGGGGGUGGCAGUGGGGGGAGCAACUACAACUCUGACCGGCCAUACUCACCAAAGCCGCUCAACACCACAAGAUCGCAGGCCUCUGAUAUGCUGAUGCACAGGUGCCAGUCACCAAGAUCUUGCCACAACUGUGGAAGUAGCCUCUCCCAACCACAAGGUACACUGCAACCUUCCUCCUCCUCCUCUUCCUCAUCAUACAAUGCUCACAUCCACCACCACCACCCCCUCCAGCAGGAGGCAUUUAUGACUGUGGGACAGCAGCAGCGCCCUCCAUGUAUUAAUGACAUUGGUGACCAGAGAGUUGGUAUGUAUCCUCCAUCAGGGGCCUACCCCCAAGGAGGGAACAACGGAUUGGCCACCUCCUUUACACAGACUGCAGCUGGACAGUGUCCAUUCAACCCCAAUUACCCUUAUCCCCCGGCUGCUCUUCAUGGCUACAGGAUACCACCUAUGGAGAUGAGUGACCAGAGAAACUCAAGUGACUUGGAGCAACUUCAAGGAAGGAUGUAUCCAGGGGGCCAUGAUGGGCCUCAUGUUGACAGGGCUUGCCAGUCCUCUUUGCCCAGUCUUGCUGGACAGUGUCUACAACCAGGAUUUAGAAGAAGUGAUUCCCCUACAUCUGAAGGUGUACCUGACUAUGCAGGAGAGUCAGACAUGGAUGUUCACAGAGCGACAGACUGUCACACACCUGACUCCAGUGUCAAUGGUGAUGGCAGUGUCUCAGCUGGCUCCAUGCUGACAGGAUGGCCUAGCCAGACUGACUCAGAUGACAUUAGUCAUGAUGAAAGUGACCACUGUGUCAGACACCCAUCAGAUGACCAAACUAGCUCAACUGAUUCUUCAUUCCUGGCAGAUACUGACUUUGCCUCAGCAGUGGCCAGAGCAGCUGAGUUAUCCGGCAUGACUGUCGUGGGGACUACAGUGACAGACCCCAAAAACAGCAAUAAUAAAAAAUAUAGAAAACAUCGAGCCCAACCACGAGCUCAGAGUCCCUACAGCACAGAUAGCAACAUGAGUGCGGUGGUGCAUAAACCCUACCCCAAAUCUGAACGAAAGAAGCAGUUGCAAGAGCAAGCUAGAAAAUAUGGACAACGAAAGGAUGGAAUGCAGGAGAUGGACAUUAUUGAAGCAGAGAUGGACCCUCCCGCUUAUUACCGUCCAUAUUACCCCACCUUUCCCCUGCACCAACAUACUAAUACCUCAGCCCGGUCAGCAGACAUGAUGGGCUACGGACUUCCUUUGCUGCUCUCUGGCCAGGAGAAAGAUAUAUUUGGUAGCCCCAGCUUCUCUGUGGCCAAUCCCUCUAGUAUCCCCUCUAGGGUGCCCACUUCUGCCUCUAGCUUUGUUAACACUGAUAUCCAAAUAGUAUGAACACAUAGCAACUUCACCAUGCAGACAAGACAAGCAACUCCCUAGCCCCUUUUUGUUUGCAAGAGUGACAAGGGCACCCUCAUGGUCUGUGAGUUUGGUGCUAACAGCAGAUAUGUGAAACUUUCCAAGUAGAGUUUGGCUGCCUGGGUCAAGGCAUCCCACAUGCCAGCUUGCAAGUGGUGUCGUUUGUCACCUGUCAUCAAGACACUUUUUUGAGUUUUGCACUUAACUGUUACAAGGAGUACUUAAUGAUUACUAAGUCAACUAAAAUGAAGUGUUGUCACACUUAAAAAGGUCAAGGAUAUUUCUUAUAUCUGUAUAUAAUGGAAGGUGAAAGAGUUCUCAGUUCUUGGUGAUCAUCACAAUACAAAGACAAAGAAGAAGAACAAAUAUUUUUUUUUGUCUGCAAGACUAAACCACUCUCUUUUGGCAAGGGAGGAAAACUCUUCAUUGACUGUAAGCAGAAGUUAACUUAAUCCUAAAAGAUAUAAAGCUAUAGAACUCUUGCAUGUAAAAAAAAAAAAAAAAAAGGACAAAGUCAUGUUGUGUAGAUAAAUUUCAUCAAUCCUCACACACAGACAACUCCACAUCGACAGAAGGGAUGCCCUCAAGGGUAAGAUAACUCUGGGCUACCCAUUGUGUUGAUAUAUGAACUGUAAGGGCUGAACAGCCUGUUAUCAUUAAUACCUGCAAUAUUUUUUUUUUCUAAUUUCUACCAUGUGAUAUCUAAAUAUAGCUCUCUGUUGUUUAUUUGAUGAUGUCUACUGAACAUAAGAGACUGUUGUUUGUUCAAGUUUAUAUAGAAUAGGUUGUUAUAAUAUUCAGUAUGGGAGUAUCUAUCUCUAUUCAGCUGGUCAAUCUGUAUAUGUGAUGCUGACCAGAAUGCCCAGCAGAUAUUGACCUGGUAAAUGUACCUGUUAAGUCAUAAGAGGGAAAAAAAGAAGGAAAGAUUGAGGUACUCUCCUAUAAUUGAAAACAUGAAAUGCUAGAUAGAUUUAACUAUUGACUAUACAAAUGCUGAAUGUACUACAAAUGGUGUUUAAAAAUUUAUAAUUUUAUUCUACCGGGUACUAGACAUUUUUUUUUUUAAAAUUAACUAUAAUUAAUACUUUUGUAGCAUAUUAUUUUCUGUAUAUUUAUUUUGAUGAUUGAAUAUCUGAAAUCUGAGAAGUAGUUGUUUUUUUUAACUGUUUUGAAAAUGUGUUUUUUUUUUAAAUUUGAAUUCACUAAUAUAAUCUUGUAUGGUAUGGAUAGACAGUGCUGUAUACAAUUUUACAAUUUAGAAAAUUAAACAAGUGUAAGAAACCCAAGCUUUGAUCUCUAGAUGUCUGGUUUCUGUUGAUCCUCAGAGCCAAAAAAAGAAACUCAAUUGUCUUGUGUUGUUUCUAUGAGAACUCCAUCAAUAUGAUCAUAAUUUUUGGCCAAAGUUCUCACUUGAUUAAUUAGCUCUUUAUUGUUUAUUCAAUUUUUUAGUGUAAUUAUUUUAGAAAUAAAAUGUUAGUCUUUUUUUUCCUUUUGAUUUUGUAAAUAACUCGCAAGAGUCAACUCCCUUUACUGGCUAUCAUUUCUUCCCAUGUUUGCCUCUAUUAAAGCCCCACCAGAUCUAGAUGUUUUCAUCAUCUUCCAUUCAUUGUUGAUUCAUAUGCACAAGACUACAUUUGGAACAAAGACAUCAUUUACUUAUGAGCGGUCACUCACUGGUGGACAUGUAUGUCCAUGCAGGGCGAAAAGGCUAACAUCCCCACAAGUAAAUGUUUCUCUCUCUCUCUUUCAGAAGCCAGUCUGAUAUUAAAUAGUGAUUAUUGAAAUAUUUUUCUUUUUUUUAUUUUUUUUUAUACAAAAUGUCAUUUAUAAAGUGUUCUCUGUCCCACUGUAAAUAAUGUCACAUAAAUGACAUGCUAUUUUUUAUUACAGAAUGUCACCAUUUCCAAAUAAUUUUUUAGUAGUGUACUUUUAGAUUGAAAUUUAUUGAUAGAUAGACUAACAAUUUUGCUAAAACCAGUUCUGUCACAUGAAAUGAAUAUCAAAAGUGUGUAAUCAUUACUGUUAGGUAAUAUUAUAUCUAGUAUUUCACUUUUCAUUUUUUUUUUUCAUGAAGAAGUCAUUGAACAUUGUAUUUGAGAUUUCAUUUUUUUUUAAAUCUUAUUUAAAAUAUUGAAUUAAAAAAAAAAAGUCACAUGACGCUGUGAAAUUCAGUAAAAUCUUUUUUUAAAAUGCGCAGUUAUUAUAUGAGAUGUCAUAUAUUUUUAUUUUUGCAUAGAUGUCUAUAAGCCACAUAAUAUCAGUUAGUUGUAUAUGUAUUUGACCUUCUAAUGCCAUGUCAUUAUGACCUGUCUACUAUUCUUGCCAUAUCUUUUUAUAAAUAUAUAUAUAUGUGUCAAUUGAUAUAGUACGGUAGGCAAAUGCAUCAUUUUUUUUUUAGUGUGGUAUCGGCUUGUAGCAGUCAGAUUGUCAUAUUUUCAGAGUAUGUAACAUGAGAUAAAAGUUUUUAAUCUUGCACUGAACUAUGUAAAUAAACUAUUUUGUAGGGGUGGUGGAACCCAUCACCUUCUCCAACACCCCCCCCCCCCCAACCUCAUCCUUUAAAUAUGUCUAUUCAUACUAAACAUUGGAUUCUUUCCAAACAUUUCUUUAAAAUCACUGAAUUAUCAUUUUAAUUUCCUGGAUCACCACUUUAAGCCCACAAGUUGCCUCCCUCUGACCAAGUGUUAACACAAAUGUCUGUGUUGUUAAGGAAAAGAAAUUUGAACUUUUGUCAAACAACAAAGAAAGUGGGGACAAAGUUCAAUGAGAACUAAUGGACAUUGAAAACUUUCAUUGCUGUAAACAUUGUUUGGGCUCUAGCUGCAAGAAAAAGAUAUAAACAUAAUUUUAAAAAAAAACAACCUGAUAUACAAUUAGUUUGCUAAAACUAAGACUUGGUGAAACUAAAAACCAAAACUGAAUAAAAUUAAAUUUAGUUUUGAUUUAUUUCCUCUGCUCUUUAUUUUUAUUGUUUUGAGAAUUCACCCCCCCAGCCCCCCAUUUUUUCAUUAAUUAAUGACAUUUUUGUUUUCAACCACUGACAUUUAUGUCAAUUACACUCCCCCCUGACAUUCAAUGAUGUUUCACUGACAUUAAAUGAUGAUGCUUUUCAUCUGAAUAUUACUUUUAAAUAUUUGUUACAGAUGUGUAAAGAGAAUAUUCAAAUAUUUGUUUUCAAUGUUUUCCCCCUAAAUACCAAUGUUACAUAGACCUGCUACUAUAACAUAAUUCAAAGUUUUUAAAAUAAAUACAUAUACAUUUGAUUGUGAACAAUUUUGAUGGCUGAAUUAUUGAUCAUUGAAAUGUGAUUAGACUGGAUGCUGAGUCUGUUUGAAUGUGUGAUUGAGUCUGUCAGUCAUGUACAGUGAACAAUAUGUACAUUUAAAAUUGAGUAAAUGAAACUUGUACAAAUAUCAUGAGCAAAAUUGUAUGUUGUUUCUCUCUAAACAAGAAAUUUGUUUUUAUUUUAUCUCUGAAAAAUGUUAUUUAUAAAUAAACGUAGCUCUUAAUUUUGUAAGUUUAAUUUAUAUAUAAACGUAGCUGAUAAAUGUUAAGUUCUGUUUUUGAAUAUAACGUAGCUAUAUAUAUAAUAUAUAAUAUAAUAUAAGUAAAAAGAGCAAUCCAUUCUGUAUUGUUCUACUCAAUUGAGAUAAAAGUUUGAAAAUACAUAUAUUUUGUUUUAAAAUAUUUUGGGAAAUAUCCUUCGAAAUCCAUUUUGCAUUAUGUCUACAGGAAUUAUUUUUUUUUAAUAACUUAAACCUAUGUUUUUUUAUUUUAUUCUGAUUACUUAAAGAACAAAACUUAAUAUUUGAAGGUCACUUUAUAUUUUUUUUACAGAAUCCUUGUUGCUGAAAAAAUGUUUUAAAAUUUAUUUAAGUACCAUUCAGUUUUCUUAACUUAAUUUCUCAUAUUUUGUUAGGAUGUAUACACUCUGGAGUUUUUUUUAUAGCCAGAUGAUUUGAGAACCAUUGAAACUGUGAUGCCUGAGACCAAUUUAUUGAUUACAUCAGUUUAUUGAUUACAUAAGGUUAUUUAUCAAAUAUGGUUGUAGCAAUGUUUCAAAACUUUUUUUUUAUUUGGUAACAAUUAUGAAACUGUCUUGUAGCUUGUUCUAGUUCUAUGCAAGAGAAAUCCUUUUUUUUUUUUUUUUUAAAUUGUUCUAGAAUGAAAUUUUUUCAAACACAAUUUUUGUCUUGUUUAUGAAUCUGUGAGAGUUCUGUGUUCAGUACCAGGCACACACCUGUGUCUGCUCUGUUCAAUGUCAGCAUGACCUCUCAUUUCAUUCCAGCAUUUACCUGCUCUCUCAGCAAGACAUCAUCAGGUAUCCAGGUGUUACAAUCUAUAAAUAUUUCAGGGGAAAUCUGAACCACUGGUACUUGUAAUCAGUUCAUCUUGACCUACUUAAUAAAUUCUUUUUGUGUGUAUUCAAAAAAUAAUAAUAAUAAAUAAUUCUCUAAACAUGUGUUUGCUUGUCAAAAUUGACUAGUGUGGCAACAAAAACAUAUCAAUUCUUUAUUAUGAUUUACUUUAAUUCUAUAUCAUUUUUAACAAUCAAUCUUUAUGUGUAUUACAUUAUGAAAAGAAUAUGUAACAAAAUCAAAUAAUAAUAAGAUUAAUAUCUUUCACUCUUAGUUGGCAAGACAUAAAAAAAAAAAAAAAAGGACUGACAAUGCCAACUGCAAAAUAAUUAACUUGAAAUGAAAACUAAAAAGACAUUGUUAAAUAUGCAAACAAACUUCCUGGCUACUAACAGUAUGCAUUUCUUUUUUUACUGUGAGCUUCUAAUUUAUGUUGUAUUGAAUGACAGAUAGAGCUGUAUGUCAUUUGAAAUUACUUUUAAUUUACGCACUCCAAGAGUUUGGUAUGGUACAUAAUAUUUAGUACAUAAUGAAUGUGUGUAUAAUAAAUACAGUAAUUUAAUUUCUGUC